GCAUAGUAGUACUGUACUGGACUCAACUACUCAACCUCCGCCGUGCCCCUGUGUUUCUCUCUCGCCGUGCCCAACCCCCCAACCCCCGUGAUCGAUUCCGAUUCCGAUUCCGUGCACGCGCGUCGAGCGAUCAGCCCCGGGAGCUCGUCCAAGAAUCUCGCUCGUGUCCAUCAGAUCGCCAUCGCCGGCCCACCUGCCCGCCGAUGGCCUUCUCCUCUUUCACGUGGCCGUUCCGCCGCCGAGCCGGCCCAAGCAAACCCUCCGCCGCCGCGGAGGGGAAGGAGGAGGACGCGGAGGCGCUCGGCGUGACGCCGCAGCUCCUCGACUUCCUCCGGACGCUCUCCCCCGACGCCUUCAAGUCCUCCGCCCUCCAGCUCCACCAAGGGGCCUCCGCGGAGGCGGCGGGAGAGCUCUCGGACUGGCAGCAGCGGCACGCCGUCCUCGUGCUCGCCAGAGCCAAGGAACUCGCUAAGGUCCGCUAUGAUCUGUGCCCACGCCACAUGAAGGACAAGCAGUUCUGGACAAUCUACUUCCUGCUCGCCAGGACCUACAUCUUGCCGUACGAGUUGCGUGCCAUACAAAAAGAAAAGGUAAGAAGGAUGGAGACAGAUAACGGGAAGUCAAAAGAUGUGAUUGCUGUUGAGGUGGAGAUGCAGGAAUCGAAAUGCAGUAGAGAAUCUCAAACGUUACCAGAUGAUUCAGAACCUGAGGGUUCAUAGUUGAUGUUGCUGAUGGCAUAUUAGAAGCUUCAGAUGCAUGGGCAGAGUGUUCAUUGUGGCUUCUGGAUGGAUGUAGCAAUCUGCUCAGUGUGCCAUUGGGGUGCCUGUAUAUGUAGUAAUCGAAUUUUGGAGUCUAGGAAUUUUGAGGCAGCACGCUGCAUCUGCUGAUAGCUCAACAUAGCAGCUGUUUGUUGGCUGUGCACUGACAUGUAAGCUGAUGUGAAGUUGGCCGUGAUCUUGAAUUGAGUCCAUGUACUCCCUCCGCCCCAAAAAGCUUGUCUUGGAUUUGCCUAGAUACGGAUGUAUCUAUCUAGACACGUAGUGUUAGAUACACCCGUAUCUAGAUAAAUCUAAGACAAGCUUUUUGGGACGGAGGUAAUAUCUUUAUGUAUUCUUGUGCGGGCUUUUCCCCCAUAUUGUUUGAGGCAUUCACAGCUUUCUGUUUUCGCUGCCCA